GGGAGAUUUGAACCAUAUCCCUGACCUCAGGUUACCUGGAGUUCCACUGCCUCAUAAAGGGUGGAAUGUUCUUCUGUUUCCCUGGAAACAGCUCCAUCAUCUGGGCCUAGUGUAGCCUAGUUCAAGCAACGCCGCCAAAAUGCCAGAACAGCAACAGUUGAGACCCCAGCUCAGAGGCAAACAAUGCAACAUGACAGACUUAAUUCAGCAAAGAAUUUCCCGUUCCAAGCCACCUGUGGACCUGGGCAUGUACAGAACUUUAUACAUGACGGACUAUCAGCCGUACACUGAAUAUUACCAGUAUCCACCCAACAUGGAGCUCUCACAGAAACUGAAGCUAGAAGCCCAGCUAAAGGAAAAGGAAUUUGCAAGGCAUGUUGAGGAGCCUAUGAAAUAUAUGGAAGAGCCCCUUUGUCAUGAUGUUGCACCGCCUUAUCCUGUAACAAUGUGUGGGAAGGUGUCAAAAGUCCAAGAAGCUCCACCAGGUUUUCAACAUAUCCAAGUUCAAUUGAACAACACUGCUCCUGCAGAGUCAGUUGCAACCCAUUCAAAGGAAAGAGAGAGACGGGAUCAGAUAACGCAUGGAGAUGCUAUACAAGAUAAAAUACCUCUUCCCACCAAGAUCAAAGAAGAAUGUGGCCAAAACUGGAGCGAUUAUCAACAAUUUCUCUUGGAAUCACGACGAUCUACUGAAUCACAAAUUAAAGGAAUUAAGAGAUUGAGUCUGGAAACAUCUGUAUUUCCAAAAGAUUACAUUGGGUGUACAGAUGCAAGUACUUACCAAAGAGAUUACAAAAACUGGCCCAGAGUCCGCAGUGGAUUUAGUCGAGCAAAUCGGAAUUUCUCCAGCCCUUUGCUUGAAGAUGCCUUCUAUAAAAAUCACCCCUGGAUGUCAGACUACAAGGACAACUAUAGCAUUUUCUUGAAAAAGUUACACUGGGCAGCCCGGAACCCUGUGUCGUCUUUCUGCUCUGCAGUGAAGCCCAUUCCUCAUCUCUCACAUGGGAUGCCCUCACAGACGCCAAUAGCAGUGAAUUCAGCCCCUUGAGAAUGAGCAAGGGCACUUGGUAGCCACAGUCAUUAUGCAGCACUACAAGCAACAUAAGACAUCAGCCAUGUUGGUAUGAGAGUGCAGAAGCCCCAGCGUCUUUUAUAUAUCAUAUUUUGAUGUAUAUUUAUGUUUUAUAUGUACCAUACCUAAGUUUUGAUUAGAAGUCUAUGUAACAAAGUAAACUAGUGCCUCAUGUUGAACUGUAUAUAGAAACUAACAAUGCCACAAUACUUAGAAUAAGUAAUCCAAAUAUAUUUUACCAAGUUGUUGUAUCUUUUAAAUAAAAUACUUUAACAAGAA